AUGUUCAACUCGCUCAUCGCUCGCUAUGCAACCUUUCAAUUUGCUCGAUAUAUCACGUGUCGUGUGCCGCUAUGCAAUCCUAGCUCACUUCGAUUUUAUUCCAAGAAAUCUGGCUCUUCAAAUAGAUGGAUAGAGAGGCAGAUAAACGACUCAUAUACAAGAGAGGCCAAGCACUUUGACUACAAGUCUCGAGCUGCGUUCAAACUCCUUCAGAUUGAUGACAAGUUCAAGAUAUUCUCUAAAGAUAGAAAUAUUAAUGUUCUUGAUUUGGGUGCAGCUCCUGGGGCAUGGAGCCAAGUUGCACUAGAGCGUGCCAAAUCUGGUUCCAACGUUUUGGGAGUCGACCUCCUCGUCUAUCGCCCACCCCCAGGAUCAUCUUCGAUGCAAGCCAACAUACUCAGCAAGAAGACUCACGAAGCAAUUCGAGAACAUUUCAAAAUUGCUGAGAUAGAAAAGCUACGUCGAAAACUAGCAUCGACAGAAGUGAUAAUUAAUCAAACUGCAUUGGAAAUUCAAGAGACUUCAAUUAUCGAGUCGGAGAAUAAGCUUAGUGAUGCAGAGGAGCGUGAGCGUGAAAAGCGUGAAAAAAAUCUAGAGUCUGUUUUCGAAGAUCAACUGUACAGGCCAGUCGAUGUGGUCCUAAGCGAUAUGUACGUUCCUUUGCCUCAGAUAGGAGGAUUUGCAAGUCAAACUACUAACAUGCCUUUUCUUAGGAUGGCAAAUACUUCUGGAUUAUCUUUCAAGGAUCAUUCUAUGUCAAUGGACCUCUGUGACGCUGCAUUAGUUGCCUCGAUUGACGUGUUGAAGAAAAACGGGCAUUUUAUUACGAAGUUUUUCACUGGAAAAGAAGAUAAACAUUACGAGAUGAGACUGCGCAAAGUCUUCCGCAGAGUGUAUCGCUACAAACCCAAAGCCUGUCGACCGGAAUCUAAAGAAUGUUAUUUUGUUUGUAUGGACAAACUUGAUGAUUUUAUUGACAAAAAGUCAGUAUUCCAGGUUGCAUGA